UGCAGACUGCACUGGUUUCUGUGUUGCUAGGGGCCGAUAUGGGGGGUUCUUGCUGCUUGCCCAAGCGCUACAGACAGACCAUUUGGGGCAGAAACCCCAUGAUGUUGGAGUCUCCCCCAGGUACUUACCCCACACACUCAGCUGCCGGAGGUUCCACUCCCCCAAGUGUUCGCACUCUCCCUAAACAACCCCUCCCCCGCCUCCUAAUUGCCCCAUUGCCCCGCACAUGCGAUGGUCACCUUGAUUCCUUCUUAUUUGCCCUCGGAUGGGGGGGCUCCGGCAGCCAGUGCGGCCCCCUCAGUGGAGGAGAGUUUGGGGGUGCAGCCCCCCCUGACCCUGCUGGUCCUCCUGCUGGUGCCCUGCGUGCUGCUGCUCUUCCUGCUCAAUUGCUUCCUGCUGUUCCACCGGCUCCCGGCUCGGAGAGGGGCCCCCCGGGGCCAGUACCCCCACAGCCCAGCAAGGCUGGAGCCCCCCUAUAUCCCUACCCCGGGGCCAGUGCUGCGGGGGGGCCGCCUGAGCUCUGACACCAUUAGCCAAGGCUUUGAGGCCACACUGGCCCUGGAGGAGGGGGUUUGUGGGCGACUAAACCGACCCCAGUCCAGAGAGAGUUGCUAUAAGGGGGGCAGUACCCCCAGCGAGCAGAUCUGCUGCUCCCCACACUGUGCCGCCCCCCUGCCCUACUGUACCCCCAGGAGGCCCCGGAAUGCCCCCGGCCGGGUAAAGAAGCGGCAGAGGCCGAAAGCCCAGGCUGAAAUGGGGUCCUCCUGCGAGCUGGACACUCGGCACAACGAGGUGCCCCCCAAUACUCCGGCAGCACAGACUGCCCCAGGGGUGACCCCCAAAGUAAAGUUCUGCCAUACGUCGAGCACCCAGAGAAAGACCCGCUUAGGGCUGGUUCCCUUCACCCCGGCCGGUUCUGAGUAUUCGGAACAUCCCAGUGUGAUUCCCAGGGAAGACUCCACCGACCCGCUCUACGCCAGCAGCAGCCUGGCCGGCCCGGGAUUGGACAGUGACUUUGGGGUCAGUGCAGGUAUCUCCCUGCACAUCUUGUCCUCUGACAGCGACUCCAGCUCCCUGUCCUGGACCUCGGGAAUGGAGUGGGAUUAUUACGACCCGUGUUACAUGCGCCGCAACCGGCUCCGGAGGGAUCUGCACCGCAGCCACCAGCGCCCCAUGAUGUGCAGCAAGCAGUACUGGAUCUGAGCCCAGCGGCACCCUCACCCCCAAUGGUUUCUUUAACCCCCUCAGGCUCAAGCUGAGCACUUACCACAGUCUGUUUAACCCCAGCACUGCCGACACGUUUAGUCUCACCCACCUGAGAAAUGUAGGGGAGUUCCCUGCCUGUAUCCCCAGCGAUAUAUGUGCCCCCUUGCCCCAUACCCUACACAGUGCCCCAUGCAAUGGCUGCCAUAGCACUGGGUGAGUGUGAGUGACACCCUCUAUAUCCUAUUCAGCCCAAUGUAGAGUGCACUGAGCUGCUAGAGAAUGUUCCCCCCCCCCACACACAUUCCCUGCCAAUGGGCACCGACACCCUCAUUCCCUGUACCCUUUAUCUUCCAUCCAAUGGGCACUGACACUGCGCCCCAGGGGUGCCCGCCCCACACUUACCCACAUACCCUGCACCUUCUACCCAAUGCCCUACCCCCCAUAGAUCCCACACAGUCAAUGCCAAUGGGCACCGACACCCUAAUCCCUGUACCCUUUAUCUUCCAUCCAAUGGGCAUCGACACUGCACCCCAGUGGUGCCCGCCCCACACUGCCCCACAUACCCUGCACCUUUUACCCAGUGCCCUACCCCCCCAAUAGAUCCCACACAGUCAAUGCCAAUUGGCACCAAACCAGCGCCACACUACUGUACAACAUACACAUUACUGUGCGGUGGGUGCCACAACCCCACUCUGCCCCGUACUCCCCUUCCCAGCGCCACAAACUGCCCCCUUGUGCCACCCAGUCCCUACCAAUGGCAGCCGUGCUUUCACUUCCCAUCAUACCCUGUGCCACCCAGUCCCUACCAAUGGCAGCCGUGCUUUCAUUUCCCAUCAUACCCUGUGCCACCUAGUCCCUGCCAAUGGCAGCCGUGCUUUCACUUUCCAUGGUACCCUACCCUGUGCCACCCAGUCCCUGCCAAUGGCAGCCGUGCUUUCACUUUCCAUGGUACCCUACCCUGUGCCACCUAGUCCCUGCCAAUGGCAGCCGUGCUUUCACUUUCCAUGGUACCCUACCCUGUGCCACCCAGUCCCUGCCAAUGGCAGCCGUGCUUUCACUUUCCAUGGUACCCUACCCUGUGCCACCUAGUCCCUGCCAAUGGCAGCCGUGCUUUCACUUUCCAUGGUACCCUACCCUGUGCCACCUAGUCCCUGCCAAUGGCAGCCGUGCUUUCACUUUCCAUGGUACCCUACCCUGUGCCACCUAGUCCCUGCCAAUGGCAGCCGUGCUUUCACUUUCCAUGGUACCCUACACUGUGCCACCUAGUCCCUGCCAAUGGCAGCCGUGCUUUCACUUUCCAUGGUACCCUACCCUGUGCCACCUAGUCCCUGCCAAUGGCAGCCGUGCUUUCACUUCGUACCCUACCUUGUGCCACCCAAUGGGCUUUCGGCACCCAACUGCACUUAAUAUAUAUUAACCAUUUCCUUUAUCAUUUAUCCCCCCCCAGAUCUUCCACCAUUCCCCCCUAUGGCCACAGUCUCGCACCCAUUUGUAGUCCAACCCCUUCUUUUCUUUCCGCUAAAAAGAAAUCAAUUAUUGGGUCCUAAAAAAAAUGUGUCUUUUGGUUUUAUAUUAUAUUGGGUCAAAAAAAUAUGUAAUUGUAUAAUAUAUAAAUAUAUAAUAUAUAAUUGUUGAAGAGUAUGGCUACUGUAAGAUGAACGUGAUAUUAUCCUUAAUAUCGAAUGCUGGGGGUCAGAGUAUCAAUGUGACUUUUAUUAUUGUCUGUUUUGUCCUUGUAACUCCGCCCCCCGACACACCCCCCAUACCUGUCAGGUGAUUUGUGCCUUUAUAUUGUCUGCAUGUCUGAGCCCUGUGUGGGGGGGCUCGGGGGGCAACAGGGCAGCGUGGGGUAUAUUUUAGCUCUGGCCGUGCCCGGAUCUCUUCUCUUUCAUUGUCUUUUAUAUUUGUUCUGUAUUUGUGUUUGAUUCUGUGUGUGAGCGAAUGGUUGGGCCGGACAGCGCCGGAUUGGCUCGGUGCUAAGAGCCAGCCCCCCAAUAUUGGAAAUGGCAUUUUAUCCCCAUAGUCUGAAUGGAAAGCGGCACUUUUAAUUGAAUGUUUAUUAUAUUUAUAUAUUUUAUUUAUUAAAGAUUUAUUCAAUUUUA